AUGCUGAGCGACGGCGCGUGCAGCGAGGCGGAGAGCGAGCAAGACGUGGACGUGGAGUCUCACAAGCAGACGGAGGCGGAGGACGAGGUGGAGGAGGAGCUCCUGCCCCAAGACGACGCCGUGGAGGUGGACGAGGAGGAGCGAGAUGAUGGGCCUUCGCCCGCGCCCAUGACCCCCGUGCUCGGCCAAUACGGACGUGGAUCGGCAGAGCGCUCCGGUGACGCCACUCCGGCACCCGUGGAGCAACACUACCAGCCCGAGAUCACACGCAUGGACAAGGAGGAGCUUCAGAAAUUCCUGCUCCACGAGAUGGACCUCCGGAGGAAGAUCGAGAGAGAACUGCAGUCUCUAAAAGCGUGUGGGAGGAAACCGGAGAACCCGGAGAAAACCCACCACGCAAUCGAGGGGAGCGACACUCAAAGCUCCACACAGAUCGAGACGCUGUGCGGCGAGCUGGAUCGCGAGCGCAAGGCGCGCCACGCUGUGCAGCAGCAGAAGCUGAAAGGUAACGGAGCAACCUGACGGAAUGGACCUCGUUCAGCAGCAGCAGCAGUUGCUGCUGCCGCAGAAGCAGCGACCAAGGCCUACAGCAGCAGCAGCAGAGACUCUGCCUGCCAUCCUGAUGAACGUGGGGAUGAAUCAUCGGUGGCAGCUGAGCCACCGCAAACGAACACUUGGACAGAGGUUGGAGCAAGAAAACUGCUGUGCUCCCCCCCCCCCCCCACCUCAAAUCAAUAUACUUCAUAGCCCUCUUCUGCAACAGGAUUCGGACCCCCCCCCCCCGCCUACAUCACCAUGGAUCUCCUCCCUCCCACAACUUCGAAAUAGUUCCCCACGCGUCUACCGGUUAAACCAACCCCGUGUACACCCCCCCCCCCCCGUCACUCGGCAGCAGACAACUCCGCGUGAAUUGAUGUGUUUGUAUUUGAGACUGAAUAUUUGUUUACGCGAAGUGAAGAGGAACUGAAUUACACGUGGAAUUCUGAUGUAAGGCGACGAUGUCAUCGUAUUGCAAUCUGUAAUCCUCAGCGUUUAUUAUUUCGACGGCACUUUGAUUUUCGCAAGCUCACGCACCGCAUCACGUCAACGCGAAUCGCACGCGGCAGGUUCCCCCGAGUUGAAAUCCUGGUCGGACAUUGCCUCGACUCGGCUCAUCGUCCACAUCAUCCCUCCGUGGUUCUUCACAAAAUAAUUCGUACCCAUUUUGUGGAACGUCAACAACAGUGGUUGCCCUCUUCUUGGUUCUUUCGGUAAAGUCACGUAGAAGGGAAGUAAUAAAAUAAUAAAAAUAAAACAUAAUAAAAUGGUUGCCCUGUCGAUAGACUGGCCCCUGUCGUGGGAAUGUGGAAUGGUUACCGCUGGCUCAUGGCCGCUAACCGAAACGAUCCUUAUCCAACCCUCGUUGGAACAGGGAAUAAUUUUCGGCACAAACGUCACAAAAAGUAUUUUUUUUCAUUUAUCUUUCUGUUGCUCGGAGAAACAUAUCAAGUAUUUUGUCUACCUAACCUUCUUUGGGAAAUGAAUCAUUGCAGGUGUGUAUCAAUCCCCUGCUUGAUGAAGGCCUCCACACGGUGGCAGGAGCAGCGGCGCCUUGGUUUGCGCGCUGCGCUAUGAACCCAGCGAGCUGAGUGCAGAUUCUAGGCCACGGCUAAAAGCAGGGGAGGCGUUCUAGACUCUGUAUCUCCUUAUUCGUUUAACUACACACGCUUGUGUAUGGGGAAGACAAUUAUAUCGGAUAAGUGUUUUGUGGGAUAUAUAUUUUCUCACCUGGUUUAUCUGGCGCGUGGUCCUGCGGCUCCGUGGAAUUGUGAUGGAAUGACGAUGAACGACGAUGUCACGACGUGUUGCUCUUUAUCUUUGUGUGUUGCGCGUGCAAUACUCUGGAAUAGCCAAAGCAAUCUGUCUGCUCGAGGUGCGUUAUCUCGAUGCCAUUUCGCGCAAAAAAAGAUUUAAUUGUGGUGUGCAUUACAGGUUUUUUUUUUCCAGACCUCACUUAUUCGCCGCUCUCCGUGAUACGCAUUUCCGCCAACGCCAUCUGUUCGAAUGCAAAAUGUGCGUCGAUUCGCGUUCCCACUGCCCGAUUAAUUUUUGGUAAACAAAAAAAAAACACCGCACGUGACUUUUGAGAGCGCUGAUUCGAAUUGAUAUCGAGUUCGGAACGCGCAACGUGUUCGUCAACGCACGCAUGCACGCAAGCACACACACACACAGACAAAUAUAAAUCAGCGCUCACGUUGACCAAUCAGUGGGCACGUGCAGCGUGUUACGACUUCAUUUGUAUUUGAUCGGAGAAUGACCGGUGAGUGGUAAACGCGGAAAAUCAGAAUCAUGGCGGGUUUUAAAGGAUCGCUGCAGUUUGAGAAACCUUCGUUAUAUUAUCAAUGACCUUGUGUAUAUAUCGACAUGCAAAGGCUGACGGUUAGAAAAAAUGGGCCUUCCGAUAGGCAGGCGAUAGGCAGGAGAUAACGGCGACUUAUAUAGUUCGGCCCCGAAAUGAAAACUGUUAAUUUACGAAGUCUUACUGCCCGAGACGUGAGCUCAUUGCAGGAUAUACGGGAUAUAUGUUCCGUGACAAGGUGGCGUUUGUUCAUGAAGAAUGUAGUAAAGUAUGUCACGUUUACGGAAAGACACGACCCAGGCAAAACAAUUGGACGUUUUCACGAACCGAACCAAAACAGAGUCGACCCACUGCUUUGCGGCAUGGAACUUUGCUUGAAAAUAAAACAAACUUCCGAUUAACUUUUCAACGACCAGCUCAUGGCUACUUUGCGAUGCCACCACGGGGUGCAAAUCUGCCCCCCCCCCUUUCUCUGCCCGCCCCCCUCCGGCCCCCCUCGGUGUGACGAUCAGAGAAGCCGGCUGUGAUUGGCCCUCGAGGGCCCUAUGUCGGCACUCCGAAAAGUCAACACGUGCUUGGCUCUGCUCGAACGAACUUAACGAACUCGCGUAACACGGCUCGAGAUACACGGCCCACAAGUUUGUAAAACAAAAAACAAACAAACCACUCUUCCCCCCCCCCCCCCAAAGUGUUUUGUUUGGGGUGAGUCUUCUUUCAAGUUUUAUAUUUAUUAAGCCGUAUACACAUUUAUGUGUGCGUGUAUGUAUUGCACUUAAUCACGUACACAAUCGGAACAAAACACGGGGCCAGCACUUGGAGAAAACGGAAAAAAAACAUUCGAAGUUUUAUUAUCAUCCUCGCAUUCCUUCUCUUGGACGAACGUCGUGGCGGGUAAAAGUGUUGGGGGCACAGCACAGCGAUGAUGGCGGUGGCUGCGUUGUGCGUGUGUCUGGUGCCGCUGUCGCACGGAGUAGUUACAAGGGGUGUGAUUAUAAAAUAGCCGGAGCCGAGGUUGGUGGUAUGUGUUUGUAAGUUAUGGGGAGCGGUGGUGUAGCGAUUUAGCGCUACGCUACGAACCCGGCGACCCGAGGCCGAUUCCCGCUCACGGCCAACACCAGUGUGACGAUUAUCUGAACAGGUUCUGGGCCUCCCCUAAGUCGAUUCAGCCUCAAACGAGUACCUGAUGCAGUGUGUAAACAUCGCCACUGGGAGACAAAGGCGCUCGAGCGUGGUGCUGUUCACCAAACCCCCUUGUGUACCGUUUCGGUCUCCAUAGGUGCUCGCUAAAAGCACUUGCCCCAACAGUCUGUUAAGGCUAUACGGGGAUCUUUGUCUUUUUGUACGUGAUGUUGACCUUGUUUCGCACCGUGCUAAUCGGAGGUGCGGGGGAAGAACAACAAACUCGACGCAUAAAAGCAGUUCUACCGCAGGUAACCCAUGGUGUGCCGUGCCUCGUGGCCGUGUUGACGGUUCGCGUGGCCCAGAGAGGAAACGCGAUUCCCUGCGGCAGGCCUCCGACAACACGUUAACCGCCCCGCGGCUAUGGCAGGGAUCCUGGUAGUGAACGUGAACGUAGAGAGAAGCGACGUCCGUGUAGGGGAAGGUGGCCGAGGGAUGGAGGGGGGGGGUCGUUGGUGGUGUUGGAAUGGGGGAAUUAGCCCGUGGGAAAAGUUGGGAUGCAGAAAGGGAUCGAGGGAUGGAUUGGUUGACGAAGAGGCGAAGGAGCGAGAGAGAGUCGUGAAAUAAGUUACAAUUAUUUCUGGGACUGAUGGGAAUAAGACAAAAAAACUCCACAACUGAUCUCGUGAGUUUCGCCGCGGAACAAAACGGAGAUGGAGGAACACCUGAACAACGAGUGAACAAACACGAGAACGCAAACCAACCAGCAACAAUGAUUGCUGGACGUUGCACGUGUCGAUGAACGAACUAAAAACAAAACCAACGAUCGGAAGGGAAAACAAACUUUGAAAAGUGACACCACGACACAAAAAAUCUAAUUUUUACAAAAUGGACUGAACCGAUGUGAUACCUCUGUCAUUUCGUCGUCGUCGUCGUCUCGAGAGAGAGAAAGAUUAGUCAGCCCCAGUGGUCGCCGUGCCCCACUGCGCAACGCGUCCAGGGAAUAUUUGUUUUGUUUAUGUCAUCGCGUUUUCAUCUAUCUCUCCACGUGUCUGGUUAGGGGGGGCGGGGCGCAAACAACAAACUGAGACUGCGGUUUUUAUUUUUUUUCCUUGGCGCUCGAAAGCCGCGUGGAUUCCUGGGGGUGGUUUUUUUUCUCUCUCCAUCGGUCGCAGGCGCUGUAAAACGGAAAUCUUUGUAAAAUGCAAAACGAGAGCUAUUGUAAGGAAUCGACAGUAUGGUUGUGUACGUGCGUGCGCGCGCGUGCGUGCGUACCACUUAAGCGGAGAUUCAAGAUUUGCUAAUGCGUACGUGAGUAUCGUUUGAUGUUAGUUGAAAGUGAACGCGGGAUUGUGGAAGUUAGGAAUAAGAGCUGUUCUUUGCAUCGGUUGUGUCUAUAAACAGUAUAUAUAUACACGAUAACAUAGCGUCACUUUUUUCUAAAUAUAUAAAAUAUCGCGUGGUGCUGUACAAAAUAAUAUAUAUACAGAGAGAGAGAGAGGGGAAGGGAGAAAGAGAUAUUCUUUGCUAUUGUUAAUUUAUUAAUCUUUCUUUUUAUUAUAAUUAUGUCUUCUGUUGCUGGGUGACACAUUGGCGUUCAUGCUAUUGCUGUAAUUCGAAGCACUUUCAUCCGACAAAUAAACGUGACCAUUGA